AUGUCCGACUGCGGGGUGGGGGUCGGGGUGGGGGUCGGGGUGGGGGGCUACAUCCGGACGGUGCUGGGCCAGCAGAUCCUGGGCCAGCUGGACAGCUCCAGCCUCGCCCUGCCCUCCGACGCGCGCCUCCGCCAGGCCGGCCGAGGACGCCCACCCGGACCCGCACCCGGCCCGGGACCCGGCCCGGGACCCGGCGGCGACCACCGAGCCAAGACCCUCCGCGUCCAGGAGCAGGUCCAGCUCACCCUGGCCAGGAGGGGCCGCAGCCACGCCAACCACGGGAAUCUGCAUCGGACUAGCAGUGUCCCAGAAUACGUCUACAACCUCGAUUGGGUAGAAAAUGACUUUGCUGUAGGAAACGCAGCUGGUGGCAAGAAUUACGACUUUAUAAAGGCAGGCACACCCGCCAACUCUGACAUUCGUUGGGGGAGAGGAGCCUCUCAGUACAAUACGUACAGGUCGGCGGAAGACAGGUUGGUAAGACAACCCCUGCGGAGACUGGAGCUGACCCCGGGGAGCAGCCCCGGGAAGGUUUACUACGCUCAAAGCGAGUAUUACUCCGGGCACAGGAACGCCCCGGGAACGCUCCCGCGGCCUCAAGAUAACAGGAGACCCCCCGUCCUCUUCCCUCCCCGCUAUGCCCGCUCGGAGAUCGUCAGCUUCCGUCACCCGCGGCCCGACCCCAGACGGCCCUGUUACGACACCUUCUCCCGGUGCCACGGGGCGGAGGUCGCCGUGGAUGGCGUGUUCGACAGCGUCCCCAACAGCCCCCUCGGGCUCGCCUACCCCGGGACCAGCCGGAGCAUGGGCAACCUGGUGGAGAAGGAGAACUACGUGUCGUCGGCCGGGGCCGGGGCGGGCCCCGUCAGACCGCCGGGCGUCUUCCAGACGGGCUUCCAGAACAGGUCCUCCUCCAGGUUCGCCUGGCACCAGAAUUCCGGCCACGACACCUGCACGCUCAGGGAAACGUCUUCCGGGUACUGCGCGGAGGCCGGCGGGAAGAGGAUGCACCUGACGGUGGGCCAGGCGGCCGCCGCGGGAGGCGGAAGCGGGAUGACCGAAAGGGUCGUGGGAAACGGGAAUGUGGACGGGAGGAUGACUCUGGAGCUGGCCGUGAGCAUGCUGGAUCCCGAGAGCGUCACACCCGCCAGGAUUUGUGCCGCGGCCACUUUCAUCCAGCACCAGUGCUUUCAGCAGGCGGAAGCCCGACACAAGGUUUCUCUACUCAAUGGCAUCCCCAAGCUGCUGCUGCUUCUAAAAGGGCCGAACGAAGACAUCCAGCGGGCAGUGUGUGGGGCACUGAGAAACCUGGUGUUUGAAGACAACGACAACAAGUUGGAAGUAGUUGAACUAAAUGGGAUCCCUCGCCUGCUCCUGGUUCUGAAGCAAACCCGAGACCUGGAAACCAAAAAGCAAAUCACAGGUUUGCUGUGGAAUUUGUCGUCCAACGACAGCCUGAAGAACAGUAUGAUUUCGGAGGCUUUGCAGACUCUAACAGACAACAUGAUCAUUCCUUUCUCGGGCUGGCCUGAAGGAGACUACCCUAAAGCAAGUGGGGUUCUGGACUAUGAUAUCUUCUACAAUGCCACAGGAUGUCUAAGAAACAUGAGCUCCGCUGGCCCCGAGGGAAGAAAAGAGAUGAGACGGUGCGAUGGGUUGAUUGAUUCUCUGGUGCAUUACGUCCGAGGAACCAUCGCCGAUUACCAACCGGAUGACAAGGCCACAGAGAACUGUGUUUGCAUUCUCCACAACCUGUCCUACCAACUGGAAACGGAACUCCCGGAGAAAUAUUCCCCGUACAUCUACGUGCGCAACCGGGAUACCCGGACGGACAACGACAAGAACGUCGGUUGCUUCGGAAGUCGCAGUAGGAAAGUGAAAGAGCAGUACGAGGAUAUGCCCCUGCCGGACGAAAAGAGCAAUCCCAAAGGCGUGGAAUGGCUGUGGCACUCCAUCGUGCUGAGGAUGUAUCUCUCCUUAAUCGCCAAAAGUUCAAGAAGCUACACGCAGGAAGCGUCUCUGGGAGCCCUGCAGAACCUCUCGGCGGGGUGUGGACCGCUGCCAUCUGCUGUGGCCCAGAAUAUCGUCCAGAAGGAAAACGGCCUUCAGCACGCCCGAAAAAUGCUGCACGUGAGCGACCUGACCGUGAAGAAGACGGCAGUCUCGUUGCUGAGGAAUUUGUCGCGUCACCUGACUUUGCAGAAUGCCAUCGCCAAAGAAACCUUACCUGAUUUGGUCUCCAUAAUCCCUGCCACGGUCCCCGAUUCUGAUCUGCUCAGAGAGAUCACAGCUUCUGCCUGCUACACCUUGAACAAUCUGACCCAAAACAGCCUCCAAAACGCCCGAGACCUUCUGCACACUGGGGGCCUCCCUAAGAUUUUAAACAUCAGCAUCGGCGACAGCUAUUCCCCCAACAGAGCCAGUAAAGCUGCCUCGUUACUCCUGUAUUCUCUCUGGUCGCACACCGAGCUUCACGGCGCCUACAAGAAGGCUCAAUUUAAGAAGACGGAUUUCAUCAACAGUCGAACGUCCAAAGCGUACCACUCCCUCAAAGACUGAGGAAGAUGAAACAUGAUAUUCAAGGGAGCCCCUGCCUGAUUUCCGUCUCGUGUGGCAUCUUCGAUACCGAGUCUGUCGAUUGCAAAAAUGACCCCGGAAAAAUGAGAGGCUAGCUUUCUGAUGCAGCCUAGAUCACUGGAAAACCAUCCUCUCCCUUUGCCUUUCCACAACUAAACUAUUCCCCCAAGAAGAAAGUAACCAGAAAACAGAAUAUUGGGAAGCUCGCCUCUUCACGGCAAUAGAUCCCGAUGCCACAUGCCAACUUUGAACGAAGAACGGCAUUACAGUGGCAUUUCCCCAAUUGUUACUAAAACUCCACUGAAGAGGAAUUCCUGGACAUUUUCCCCUGGAAAAGGGAACAGAGAUGGGAUAUCAUACACGUGGUCACCAGGGAGACAAAGAAAGGAAAUUUCUCAGGAUGAAUUUUUCAAAGUCUGAAUUACCAUUUUGAAUUCCACUUCCAUUUCCCACCUCCUGCCUCCUCCCUGCAUGGUUCGGUGCUAUUAUAGCAAAGGUAGCUUGCUCGUUCUCGACGGUGUCACAGAGUGAGCGUGAAAAUCGCAAAAAAUAAAAAAAAAUCUUGGCCGGCAACCAGGGGAGGAAGAAAUCUGCAAAAAAGAGCCUUAGACAUAGCGUAUGAGAUAAUGUAAUUAAAGAGACAGUCAGGGCUACGCAUGGGGUAGGAUAGAUUCCACAAUGAAAAAGGAGUCGAAAGGAGGAUGGAAAAUUUCAAAAUCCCCGGAGGCAGAGAAAGGCAACUGUGAUGACAAGAUUUGAUGUUUCUAAGAGUCAGUUGAACAGGCAGGGUUAUCGCUCUUAGACUUUUGGUUUAAUUAUCAAUUAAGAGUACACAGGGGCUUAUUCAGCCCUUUUUAUGAAAAUCUGAAUGCAGUGAUAUCUGGUAGUCUAUGCAAUUGAUUAUCUACGAGCUAUCCCGUGUGCCAACCCAGUAGGAAGGGGAAAAGCCGAUUCUCCCUAGGAGAGCGUUGGCGGGGGUGUAGAGAUCAGGGAAAUCAGUCAAUCAAUCAGCAUUAUUUAUUGAGCGCUUUCUGUGUGCAGGUCACUGUACUAAGUGCUUGGGAGAGGAUAGUACAGCAGAAUUGGCAGACGUGGUCCUGGCCCACCUCGACUCGAUAGAAGGACCAGGAUAGGAACUAGGAAUGCUUAGCUGUUUCUUACCUAGUUGCCACCUCGUUGGCCACUAGCCCAGUUUUGCCCAACACUGCCAAGGCCAGCCUGCGACAUCGUCCUAGGGUUUUGAAAUUAAAGGGAAACCAGAGGAUGUGAAGAUAACCUCGAAACAGAAAUAGCGGAGAUGAGAGAAGUGGUGAAAUGGUGGAUUUCGUGGUUUGGGUUUUGGUGUUUCAUGUAAUGAAAUGUCAGAUUUCUGCUUUGAAAUAAGAUGUUAAUGCCAGGGCGGGCCUGCUUCAGGGCCUGCUUCAGGGUCACUCCGUGCAAAAGAAUACAUCUGAGUGGAAACGCUAACUCUAAUGAAGCCUAGCCUAUUCUGAUCUUUGUUAUCUCUUGCAUAAAAACAUCAGUUUCUAGGCUGGUAUCCUAGAGGCCUGUACUGUAUUUUUGGUACAAUCAGAGGUCAGUAAUAAAGUUGGAGGGGAACAGGUCAGCUGCUUUGGAUCUAGGACAAGAUGAAGGAGGAAAACUGCCUGCUUCCUUCGUCAGAAGCCAUUCCCCUCUGGCUUGUCGACGGUUCGGUGCGACUUGGUGAACUAACUACCCUUGUGCUUAGAACAGUGCCUGACACCUAGUACGCGCUUAACAGCUACCGUAAUAAUGAUGAUAAUAAUGUUGGACUAAAAUGAUUAAAUUCUCCUAAGUGCUUUUACCAGAUAAUAUUCAAAAAAAUCUCCCAUUUGGGAAGUGUAUACCACUAAAUAGAAUGUAUGUGUGUUAAGGAAUUGAGAGUUUGGGACUAAAUUUAUUAGAUUCUUAUGCCAGAUAAAAUUAUUAAACUCUUGUAAGUGCUUGUCCCAGAUAACAGUCAAAGAAAUCUCCCAGGUGGGAAAUGUACACCGCUAAAUGCAAUGUAUGUGUAUAAAGGGGUCUGGAGUUUUGGUUUGUGCUCCAUAAUUUCCGCAGAUGAUUGAUGCUUCAGUUUUUUCUUUCUUUUCUUUUGAAUUUCCCUUCUUGAGAUUCUAAUGGUCUAACAAACAGCCAAGGAAACCUUGAAAUGGCUCUCGUUAGUAUUUGGUUGCCAGCACUGCACACGUGUACUUUGGCUCACUAGAUAAACUUGUACUUUGUUUACUGCGGGGCAAUAUGACUGAGGUGAUAUUUGGGAAUUUUGUAAAGUUACCUUUGAAUUAC